AUGUCAUCCUCCUCCGCCGCCCACGCGGCCGCGCGCCCCGUCCUCCGCACCUUCACCGCGCUCCUCAAGCUCUGCGCGGCGCGCGCCGACCUCGCCACGGGCCGCGCCGUCCACGCGCAGCUGACCGCGCGGGGGCUCACCUCCGAGUCCCUCGCUGCCACGGCCCUUGCCAACAUGUACUUCAAGUGCCGCCGCCCCGCGGACGCGCGGAGGGUGUUCGACCGCAUGCCCGCCAGGGACCGCGUCGCCUGGAAUGCGCUCGUGGCCGGGUACGCGCGGAACGGGCUCCCCGCGCCCGCGAUGGAGGCGGUCCACGCGUUCGCGCUCCGUGCGGAGCUCGAUGAGCUCGUCAAUGUCUCCACGGCGGUUCUUGACGCCUACUGCAAGUGCGGUGCGGUCGAGGCGGCGAGGGCGGUCUUCGAUUGGAUGCCGGUCAGGAACUCCGUGUCUUGGAACGCCAUGAUUGAUGGGUAUGCUGAGAACGGGAACGCCACGGAGGCUCUGGCUUUGUUCUGGAGGAUGGUCCAAGAGGGUGUGGAUGUGACGGAUGUGGCUGUGUUGGCAGCAUUGCAAGCGUGUGGGAAGCUUGGAUGUCUUGACGAGGCAAGGCGUGUCCAUGAGCUACUUGUGAGCGUUGGCUUGAAGUCCAAUGUGUCGGUGAUGAACGCGCUUAUCACCACGUACUCCAAGUGCAAGCGGGCAGACCUCGCUGUCCAGGCGUUCAAUGAGCUGGGCAUAAAAAAGACACGGAUCUCGUGGAAUGCGAUGAUCCUCGGCUUCACGCAGAAUGGAUGCUCCGAGGAUGCGGAGAGGCUCUUCGCUAGGAUGCAGUUGGAAAAUGUGAAACCAGAUUCGUUCACCUUAGUCAGCGUGAUUCCUGCAGUCGCGGACAUUUCUGACCCACUGCAGGCAAGAUGGAUCCAUGGGUAUUCUAUCAGGCACCAAUUGGACCAGGAUAUCUAUGUCCUGACGGCCCUUGUCGACAUGUACUCCAAAUGUGGGCGUGUCUCCAUAGCUAGAAGGCUCUUCGAUUCCACAAGGGACAGGCAUGUUAUCACCUGGAAUGCGAUGAUCCAUGGUUAUGGUUCGCAUGGUUUUGGCCAGGCUGCAGUUGAGCUAUUUGAAGAGAUGAAGGGCACUGGCAGUUUGCCCAACGAGACAACAUUCCUCUCGGUUCUUGCAGCUAGCAGUCAUGCUGGUUUGGUUGAUGAAGGGCGGAAAUAUUUUGCUAGCAUGAAGGACUAUGGGCUUGAACCUGGAAUGGAGCACUAUGGUACCUUGGUGGAUCUUCUUGGACGAGCUGGGAAGUUAGAUGAAGCUUGGUCUUUCAUCCAAAACAUGCCUAUAGAACCUGGCAUUAGUGUUUACGGUGCAAUGUUAGGUGCUUGCAAGUUGCACAAGAAUGUUGAAUUGGCUGAAGAAUCAGCACAGAGAAUCUUUGAGCUGGACCCAGAGGAGGGGGUGUAUCAUGUCCUCUUGGCAAACAUUUAUGCAAACGCUUCAAUGUGGAAGGACGUCGCGAGGGUGAGGACUGCUAUGGAGAAGAAAGGACUCCAAAAGACUCCUGGAUGGAGUAUUAUCCAGCUCAAAAAUGAGGUCCAUACCUUCUACUCCGGAAGCACAAAUCACCAGCACGCAAAGGAAAUAUAUGCAAGGCUGGCUAAGCUCAUUGAAGAGAUCAAAGCUGUGGGAUAUGUGCCAGACACUGAUUCGAUACAUGAUGUGGAAGAUGAUGUCAAGGCACAGCUACUUAACACCCAUAGUGAGAAGCUUGCCAUUGCAUAUGGGCUCAUUCGAACAGCCUCUGGCACGACAAUUCAGAUAAAGAAGAACCUUCGAGUUUGUAAUGACUGUCAUAAUGCGACCAAGUUAAUAUCUCUAGUGACAGGACGGGAAAUAAUCAUGAGAGAUAUUCAACGCUUUCACCAUUUUAAGGAUGUCACUCUCACAAAUCAUGAAUGCUUCUAUGGAGGAGAUGGCUCGAUGCCCAGGAAUUGGUCAGCGGAAGAUGGCAGUUUGCAAGAUGCGGUAGAAAAGCCAGAUGCGGCAAAGAAGAAGAAAGGUUCUGAUGUAAGGUCGGCCCUCACCGCUGCCUUUGCCAAGUAUCCAGAGAAGAUCCGCAGCCAGGGCCACGAUGCAGCAAACGAGGCCGGUGAAGAACAGCGAAAAUCCCUGACCUCGAAGAGGAAGGUCGAGCUGGCCAAACUUAUGAACACGAAGAAUAAGAGGAGGCGGCUUCCAAAUACUGUUACAAUCGAUUCUAUCCAUGAGAAAAACUUCCUUUCUCCCAACAGUGUCCUUGAAGCUGUUGUCAUUGACGUGUUUGUCCUUCCUGGUACAAACAUAUACAUGCUUACCUUGGGAGACAUGUGGAGUGCAUCCACAAUCGACCUAUAUUUACACCGAAGGUACUAUGACUGCAUAGGACAAAAUGGUAUAUUGAAGAAGGGUCGAGAAGUUAUGCUCACAGGAUGUUGUCUUCGUACAGCCAUGGAGGGAUCUGGCCAUGCUCGUAUUUUGCCAACAGAAUACAUGGUGAUAUUAUUGGAUGAGGACCAAGAUGAAGAUGCCUUGAUACUUGCUGCACAGUUUUGCACCUAUUCAUUCUCUUCUAUGAUUCUAGAGGAAAGUAGAAACAAUGUUCCAUACUCAUUUUAUGCCAGGAUUGAAAAGAUUGAGUCGUUGGAACCAUUUAGAUGUACAGAAAGAAUGCAGGUCAUUCUUGAAGACAAUGAUGAUGCAAAGAUGAAGUUAGUUUUAUGGGGAGAGCAGACUUUACUUGCAAAUCUGUUCAGUGUAGGGAGCAUGCUUGCACUGGACAGACCUUUCAUAGCAAAUUUUAUAGACAAUAAUCAUGAGGAGUCUCAGGAACUGUGCCUUGAAUAUGGCAGUGCAACACAGGUUUACAUGGUGCCAAUUGCUCAACAAGAGGAACAGGUGCCUUUUACACCUACUACUCAAGUAAAGAGCCAAGGACCUCGUCUGUCAUGUGUUCUGACGGAUAAUGUAGCUUCGCAAGUAACAUUACCACGUGAUUUGCAUGGUUCAAUUGAUUUCAGCAAAUACCCAUUUCGAGCAUAUGUAAGUGACCUUCAUGAUAAAAUGGUGGGAAUCAGUCUGUUUGGUAUCGUAACUAGUGUUUGCAAAGUAAGCACAUCAGGGACUACAUUCUAUUUGGAGUUAGAAGACACAACAGGAGUUGUUCUGAUGAAGCUUAUCUUUAUUGGACCCUGGUCAUUAGGUAGAGUAGGAGCUGGGCAUAUGGUGUACAUCUCCGGUUUGACUUGCGCCUUGAGUUCAAAUACCCUUGAAGUCUCAUGGCGUGAAAAGGAGCAAGGGUCUCAAUUUGUUAACUUAAGCUUGCUGCCAGCACUCCUGAACUCAACGUGCCUGCAUAAUUUAUCACCCUUGUCAGAUCUUCCCCGUUCGACAAACAGAACACAUAUAUCCCAUGUUCGGUUAGAUCGCAUUGAUUGUGACAGUUUAAAGGUGUCACUGUUCCAUAGCAUUUGCGGCAGCGUUGUGAAUGAACAUUCAGGUGGACACCAGUGUUCAUUUUGUAAGUGUGCCUGCGAAAGUGCAUGUGCGCAUGGCUUUCAGCUGCACUUGACCAUCGCAGACGACAGUGCAGAGGUCUUAGCUUGGUGUGUUGGGCAAACAGCUGUCGAGUUCCUUCAGAUAUCUCCUGAUGAAUAUCUGGAGCUCCCCGAGGAUGAACGGGCAAUGUAUCUCUACACUCUCCAGAAUGAGAGCUUCGCGGUGGCUAUUGCGAAUACCAGGAAGCGAGCCGAUGGAUGUGUUGUGGGUGAUGAAGCUGUCCCAGCUUGGGAGAUCACGAGAGCCCAGAAAUGCGAAUGA